AGAAAUGGACCCGUAAGUUGGCCACCAAGAUCAUGCGAUUUAACGCCUUUAGACUAUUUUUUGUGGGGCUACGUCAAGUCUAAAGUCUACAGAAAUAAGCCAGCAACUAUUCCAGCUUUGGAAGACAACAUUUCCGAAGAAAUUCGGGCUAUUCCGGCCGAAAUGCUCGAAAAAGUUGCCCAAAAUUGGACUUUCCGAAUGGACCACCUAAGACGCAGCCGCGGUCAACAUUUAAAUGAAAUUAUCUUCAAAAAGUAAAUGUCAUGAACCAAUCUAACGUUUCAAAUAAAGAACCGAUGAGAUUUUGCAAAUUUUAUGCGUUUUUUUUUUUUUUAAAGUUAUCAAGCUCUUAAAAAAUCACCCUUUACUUACAAUAUUAAGUGACGUAAACCGUUGGGCGUAAGAACAAAAAUAUUUAUUUUUUAUUAGGAAACACAGUACAUAUUUUUAUACUUGUUGCCAACAGACUUGUUCUGUAAGCAACUGGCAGCGAAAUCAGCUCUUCGACUGGGAGAAUCCUCCCAAUUAGUCGCAAUAAGGGAUAUUCAUACUUAUUAAGUUCACGUUUAUACCCACUACCACAGACUUUCGAAUUGAAACUAAGUUCGAUCCCCAAUAUUGCCUUCCCUUCCAAAGAAGGCUGAGAAAGGGGAGCGGUAGUCAUCUAUACGGAUCUAUUUAACCAAGAUCAUUUAGUAGGUGGUGGUGUCUUUACACUGCAUUGGUCUGUACAGAAAAAGAACGUCAACUAUCGGUCGGGGGUUUCCGAACGACGUUUCAGAGAUUACAAAAAUAAAACUACAUGUACUGAUAAACUUCAGCAGAAUCAUGGGGUGGUUCAGAGAGAAGACAAUAGAAUGAGAGAACUUUACUUACUUAGCAAUGACAUAGUUAAUUCAUUGCAUUACAAGCUGAUCGAUUUAAAUGUAAUCAUAAAUAAUGAAAUAUAGAUUUCGUGUGAUGAGCUAUAUAACUGUAACAACACAUGAAAACGCGAUAAAGAAACAGUCGCUUUGAAGCUGAAUUUGAUACAAAACAUAAAACACCUCCAAAAUGAUUGUGAAAAUAGGCCAGAUUUAAACUUUUAUGAAAUAAAGCUUUAAGUAAAGUAGUAUUUUGGGAGAGUUAAGACUAGUGAAGAUGUCGAAAUAAAUCAUAUUAUUUCGUGCAGAACAUGUUGGAUUGUUUACAAAUUCAAUCAGAGUAACACUUCUUUUUUAGUGAGACAUACAUAAGAGCAAUAUAUAUUUAAAGACCAUGUCUCUCUACUUAAAUAAAAAAAAUAUUCUCUUUGAACAUAGAAAAUUUUCAAGACCUCCCUGUUGAAAAUGCUUUUUUUCACAAUUUAUUGAAUAAUGUGUUAGAACGAUCAGUGAAAUCUUGAGUUAAAUUAAAUGCGUGAGGCAGAUCGUAAAGUGUAUUAAAAAAUCAGAAGAAAAAUGAAGCUUUGAAACAUCACUAAAAACUUUUCAACUGCCAGAUGGAACACUGUGUUUUACUUGCUGAGCUCAGUCCAAAAAACCGGAUUAUGCAGGAUGUGAAACCUCACGUUUCCGAAAGUCUGCUAUUCCUUUUGAGAUUCGGUUCGUUUCAGUGUUAUAUUUUUUAUUCAAAUGGCUCAUACCAAUACUGCAUUGGAAAUAGCCAUUUAUCUGCCAUAAGUCUACCUAGCAUAUCCCGAAGUAUAAGGCAUAUAUGCAAACUUGUGUUGGAACACAACAAUGUGGAAAUAAGCUUCCCAAAUGCAAAAGAACACUACAACACAAUUAAAAUGGGUUUCCAAAAUAAGUUUGGAAUAAAAGGAGUGGUUGGUGCCAUUGACUGCACCCAUGUUUCUAUAAUUGGACCGUCUUCGUCGUCUAACGUUAUUCCACAUGAAUACAUGAACCGAAAGGGUUAUUACAGUAUUAACGUAGAAGCGAUUUGUGACGACUAACUUAUUUUUCGCCAUUUAAAUGCUCGUUUUCUUCCCUCAUGCCAUGACUCCGGAAUUUGGAGAACAUCGCCGGCCAGAAUAAAAUUAUUAAGGGAACAUGUUUAUGGUUCAUUUAAGUGGCUUCUAGGCGACUCAGGAUAUCCACUAGAGGAAUGGCUUUUGACUCUUAUAUCAAACCCAUCUGCACCAAAUGAAGUUCUUUAUAACAGAGUCCAUAUAAAGACCAGGAACAUAAUUAAAUGAGCCUCGUUUCCGUUGCUUAUCUAAAGAGCGAGUACUCAGGUAUACAUCCUCAAACGCCGUGUUCUUACUUUAUACUUGCUCAAUUUCCACAACACUUUGCAAAAACAUGGUAUUUAUGACUUCAAUGAAAUCGACAUUGAAAACUUUGAGGGCUCUUCCUUCCAUGAUAAUUCUCCAGCCCUAACAAAUCAGUAUUACACUGCAGUAAUAAAUGUACGACGUAACUGCUUAAAUUCUCUCACACAAUCUUUGUA